GGUAUUAUGAACUAUCAAUGAACAACAUAUUUUUACAGCAUUUAUUCAGCUUGGUUAAUAAGAUUUUAAAGGUUUUAAAGAUACGAUUAAACAAUUGUUCAGUGUUAGUUCAUGUUAGUUGCAUUAACUAAUGUUAUAUGCAACUUUUAUUUUUAAAAAUGUUUUAUUGUAUGUUGAAAUUUACAUUAACCAUAAUUAAGUGAUGAAAACCUGCUGUUCUUUGUCAACUCGUUUUAACUAACAAAUUUUAACAAAUACAGCCUUAUUGCAAAGUGUUACCUUUUUAUUUAUAGCCUGUAUGGUAGGAUUGAUCUUAUAUUUUGCAUUGUUAGUGGGCGUAUUUAAGAUGCAUGAUCAUAAUUUCCAUUGUUCUUCCCCACUAUAACCUAACCAAAAGAAACCUCAGUGUUGCUCCUUAGGGAUUUACUCUCCUCUUGUAAGGAUUGCAAGGGGGAGAUAUCUUCACACACUGCUGGAUACAUUGCAGUAAGCUGAUUUAUUCAUUAUAUGACUGAGAAACUACAGCAGAGACACUGGAGCAGUGGAGCACAUUGGGCCUUUGCAGGUCAAGUCUGUCGCGCGGAAUGGGUGUGUCAAUGAGCGUCACUGAAGCUCCGGUGGCCGUGGGAAAUGAAUAAAUCCCAGCCCACGGUCAUAAUGAGCACGAGUUUAACUGUGGAAUUCAAGCGUGAUCCAGUGCAUCAAGAGUUUGUAUUCUGUGGACAACGCUGAAGUUGACUGUAGUCCAUGUGAAACCGGGGUUUGAGGAGUCUGGUGUUGUAAGGGGAAUUGUUUCUCUGGAGUAGUCUAUUGGAUGUGCAAGGUUUGCCAUUAUAGGUGUUCAUCUCCAAGCAAGGGACCUCAAGCAAGACCAAGAGAAUGUGCGAUAUAGGCCUGUUAUUUGUGAUGAUAUUUGGACUGUCAGGGCGAGUUCUGGCAAAAGACACAGACACAAAAGGAAGGUUCAGUUCUCCUGUGUUGGAUGUUACUGAGAAGCAGCUUAUUAUAGAGAAAAACCAGACUCUUCAGCUAAACUGCAUGGGACGGUGGGAGCUCCAGUGGAUUAUGCCAUCUGGCGUUCCAAAAGUCUUCCAUGGCACCCAAAUAGAGGAGUCUCAAUGUGGCAAGAAAAAUAACCAGUACUGUAGCCGCCUGACACUCAGUCCUGCUUUAGCUCAACACACUGGCUCCUACCGCUGCAGGUACCGCCAAAAGCAGCGCAAACAAGCCUCUGUGUACGUCUACAUCACAGAUAGCCAGCGGCCGUUUGUGAAGCUGCAGUCUAAGACCCCAGAUGUGGUGUACAUGAAGGAAAGAAAGCCCUUGAUCUUCCCCUGCAGGGUCACAAAUCCUAAUGCCAAAGUCUCAUUGGUCAAGUUUCCUGACCACCGGUUAGCGCCUGAUCAUAGGAACAUCAUCUGGAACAGUAGGCAAGGUUUCAUUAUCCGUAGCCCUACAUUCUUCUACAUCGGACUUUUCUUCUGUGAGACUAUCGUCAAUGGAGUCAAAUACACCAACAAUUUCUUGACUCACAGGCCAGUGAAUAAGAUCCUGAGUGUGUAUUUGAACAGCACGGAUUUGGUCCACACAUUACAGGGGGAGAUGUUAGCACUGAAUUGUACUGUUACAGCCGAAUGGAACUCCAGGGUGUCCAUUAGCUGGGCCUACCCAGGAAAGGCUAAUGGCUCUGCUACUAUCAGCAGACGCAUAUCAAGAAGCAGAACCAAUGUGCUGUUUUAUAGUGUUCUCACCAUCCCCAGACUAAGCAAAGCAGACAAAGGACUCUACAAAUGUCAUGUGACAAGUGGUCCAUCCAAGCGAGAGACUAAUACCACAGUUAUUGUCUAUGAUCAACCUUUCAUUCGACUCAAGAACAGAGAUGGUCCUGUGGUUCAGGCUUUUGCAGGACAAAAAUCUUUCCGCCUCACACCAAAACUAAGGGCUUUCCCUGCACCUGAAAUCACCUGGUUCAAGGAUGACAUGGUAGCGGCCGAGCGUUGUUCUCGUUACCAUGUUGACGGAUUUUCUCUGGUCAUUCGGGAUGUUGCUGAAGAGGAUGCAGGAAUCUACACCAUCCUCACUGGUAUCCAGCAGUAUGGACUUUUCCAGAACCUCACAGUCACAUUGGUGGUAAAUGUGAAGCCACAGAUUGGAGAGAAGACAGUGUCCUCAAAGCAGCCUGGGACUGUCCAGCGAGGCAGCAGACAAGCCCUGCACUGCACCUCUCAUGGUGUUCCACCACCUCAAAUACAAUGGCUCUGGCAUCCGUGCCCUCCUAAAGGCCUUUGUGAGAAGCCUUCUCCUUCCUCUUGGACUAUAGUCAGCGAAAGGACAGAAGUCACGUCCACCCACAAUCCCAUUCUGACCAUCAGCUACAGACAGGAAGUGUUACAAGGAAAGGAUAAGACUGUAGGAGUUCUGACAGUUGCUGAAGCAUUGAUAUCUGGAAUUUAUCGCUGUGUUGCAUCCAACCUCAUUGGCAGAGAUGAACUAGACAUUCUUUUCUAUGUCACAGAUGUCAAAGGAGGCUUCAUCGCAUCUUUAGAGGAAGAGCCCAGAGAGGGCGGGGACCUUCGCCUGGUCUGUAUGGCAAAUAAGCACCUCUAUUCAGAUAUGUUGUGGUAUAGAAUGACGAAUCACACCACAGCAUCAGAAGGAAAUUCAGUUCUUGGAGGGGAGCUUACGGAGGGGGAGUUCUCCCUCACCCUGCACCUCCUACUGAAGAAUGUGACCUCACAGGAUUCAGGAACAUACCGCUGUGCUGCCAAACACCUGCUUACAAGAGAACGCACACAUCUAGAUACACAAGUGGAGGUAACAGAUCUGCAGGCUCCAGUGCUGCUACAAAAUCUGAGUGAUCACAGUGUUAACGUUAGCAACUCGGUCACUCUCCAUUGUCCCACUCAGGGAGUUCCACAUCCCCAUAUCACGUGGUAUAAAGACCAAAGAAAGCUCCACCAGGUGUCAGGAAUUAUGCUAUUCCCAGAGGAAGGUACUCUUCAUAUUGACCGAAUUACAUCUGAAGAUGAGGGAUUUUACACCUGCAAGGCCACUAAUGAGAGGGGAUCUGUGGAAAGCUCCGCCCACAUUUGGGUUCGCAGUUCAUCUGAAUCCCUUUCUCUGGAGAUCCCAGCUCUGGCAUGUACUUGUGUGGUGGCCACUCUCUUCUGGUUGCUUCUCACUCUGCUGAUUCGUAAACUUAAACAGCCAAACAUUCAAGGCAGAGCAGAGUACAUGCCAAUCAUCCUGCACCCAGGGGUGGAGCCUCUGGUUGAGCACUGCAAUAGGUUACAGUAUGACCCCGCCCAAUGGGAGUUUCCUCGAGACCACCUUAAACUGGAAAAGCCCCUGGGGCGAGGGGCAUUUGGGCGAGUGAUGCAGGCUUCAGCUUUCGGCAUUCGCAAUUCAGCCAGCUGCACCACCACAGUGGCAGUCAAAAUGCUUAAAGAUGGCGCUACACCCAGUGAACACAAGGCUCUGAUGAUGGAACUCAAGAUCCUCAAUCAUAUUGGUCAUCACCUAAAUGUGGUCAAUCUUCUCGGUGCAUGCACCAAACCAGGAGGGCCUCUCUUGGUCAUAGUGGAAUACUGCAAGUUCGGCAACCUGUCUGCAUACCUUAAGAGCAAACGAGAUGUUUUCCUAUUAAAUAAGCAGAUGAAUAGAGAAGAGGAGGGAAGAAUAAAGGAGGGAUGUAAGGGACGACUGCCCAGCGUGUCCAGCAGCCAGAGCAGCGCCAUUUCAGGGUUUAGUGAGGAGAGAGGAGAGAGCUCAGACGAGGACAGUGGUUCUCUUCCAGAACCAAACAGCCCUUUGCUCCUUGAAGACCUGAUUUCCUACAGCUUUCAGGUGGCCAGAGGUAUGGAGUUUCUCUUCUCUCGCAAGUGCAUUCAUCGUGAUCUUGCUGCCAGAAACAUCUUGCUGACCAAUAAUAAUGUGGUCAAGAUCUGUGAUUUUGGCCUGGCCCGAGAUGUCUUCAAAAAUCCUGACUAUGUGCGCAAGGGAGAUGCACGGUUACCACUGAAAUGGAUGGCCCCUGAAUCAAUCUUUGAUAAAGUUUUCACCACUCAGAGUGACGUGUGGUCAUAUGGAGUUCUUCUCUGGGAGAUCUUCUCACUUGGAGCAUCUCCAUACCCAGGACUGAGCAUUGAUGAGGAGUUUUGCCACAGACUGAAACAGGGAACACGGAUGUGUCCUCCUGAGUACAGCACCCCUGAGAUUUACAGCAUCAUGAUGGCAUGCUGGGAGAAUAACCCUGAGGACAGACCCUCUUUCACCACCCUAGUGGAAAUACUGGGAGACCUUCUGCAGACAUGUGUCCAACAGGAUGGGAAGGAAUAUAUUCCACUAAACACUUUUCUUGCAAGAAAAAGCAACAAAAGCAAGAAAACCCUUGGGACUUCAAGCUACCUCAACUCUGGGCAAAUGAAAGCCAUUAGCACUUUUGAGGAGGGCCUACACAAAGAAAUCUAUGAUGACAACCAGUCUGACAGUGGAAUGGUUCUUCCAUCUGAAGAGUUAUUUCAGGUGAAAUGGAUGGACAGUUUCAAAACCAGUGCCAUCACCAAGCUCUUCGCCAAAGAUCAAAACCAGUAUGGGAUGCUGCCUUGUAUGAAUAUCACCCCCAUUAGAAACGUCCAACAAGUGGUAGUUUCUAAUGCAUUUCCUCAUGUCUGUUACUCAGAGUGGUACUGCUCUCAACCACCAGACUAUGAAGCUGCUCUGCUUUACCCGUUUCUAGCAAACCCACAUCAGCCAACCUGUCUGUAAACACCAUCUAACAUCCAAUACCAUUCUUAACAGCUUAUCUGGACCAUUUUGCUUUUGGGUGCUGCUUGUGCUAGAUAAGACCUGUCAACCCAGUAUUUCUGAAUGCAUUCUUUUAUUCUUCACUCUCUCUUGACUUUUAUGUGAACCUUUGUCUGCUUUUUAAAAAGCAUUUUUUAUCGUCACUUCUAAUUAAUGAUCAGCAUUUCAUCUCAAAAUGUUAAAUUCCUGUACUUUAAUGUCUAUAUAUUCUCUCUGCAACCACAAAUAAUCUAUACCUCUUAAAUUUGGUAUUUCAGUUUAAUAGUCAGAGAACAGCUAACUAUUUAUUCAUGAACUAAUGAAAUGCAUUUAUUACAAUCACUGCUUGUAGGUACCAAAUAUUUAACUGCAGAGCAUCAGUUUUUGUGCUGCAAAAGCCAUAUGCUGGAGAAAUUCACCAUAAACUGUAUUUAUUUACAUUUUUUACACUAAGAAAUAACCUUUAAAAAAUACUACAGUAUCUAUGGUGUAUUUAAAUGCUGAUUAAACUUUAAGAUCACUGGUUUCGUAUAAUCUUGGAUUUAGGAGCAAAGCAAAAUUACAGUAGUUUUUUUUUUACAAUGUCAAGAAAAACUUUUUCAGCCAACUAACAAAGGACAAUGCACCUAUGUAAACUUCUGCUGUUAAUGCAGGAUGGACUUCAGACAUUAGUCAUUAAUUGUACAGUUCAAACUUUGUAUAAACACUGGCCCUUAACACUUACUUAGUUUACUAAUUUUAAACCAUGAUUUGCAUGACAAUUAAUAUUGGCAUUAUAUUCAUGCUGUUUAGCCAGAGGGGAACUGGCCCCCAAAGUGAGCCUGGUUUCUCCCAAGGUUAUUUUGCUCCGUUAACCAACAUCUUAUGGAGUUUUGUGUUCCUUGCCACAGUCGCCUUCGGCUUGCUCACAGGGAUUCUAAAUACAAUUAUUAUUUAUUUUUAUACACAAUUUACAAUUAUAUUUUCAUAAAACUACACAAUGAUCACUCUAAGACUUUAUAGAUAUUACAGUUUUAUUUUCUGUUAAAGCAUGAUUUUCUUUAAAGCUGCUUCGAAACAAUGCGUGUUGUGAAAUGCGCUACACAAAUAAAAAUGACUUGGCUUUUUUUGUAGGAAACAUUUUUAUUCUAAGGAGAACACAAAUGGAGAGGCCAAAAUGCCUAAAAAAUAUUUUUACAUUCUUCCUGCAAUGCACAUUCUUCUGUGUGUAGAGAAGUAUUGCACUAUUCUUGCAGAAUAAAAAGUUUGAGUGAUGAAACGAAGUUGUUUGGCAAUGUGUAUACAGGAAAAUCUUAAAGGAACAGUUCAUCCAAAAAAGAUAAUUAUCUCUUAUUUGACACCCUCAUGCUGUCUCAAACUCUACGACUUUAAUAACGAUUUUUUUGAAAGAUGUAUUGUAUGAGGUGUUUCUGUCCAUAGUCAAUGGAGUCAAAAACUUUCAAGCUCCAAAAAGGACAUAAAGGUAAUCCAUACUACUUCAGUGAUUUAAUCCAUGUCUUCUGAAGUGAUAGAAUAGUUUUGGGUGAGGGGAAAAAAACAAAAAUACAGUCUAUAAUCACCAAAAAGCUUCACUUCUGUCCAGCUCUCCUUUGAACGUUCAUGAGUUCAUGCGAGAACUUCCGGUAGUAUUGGGCAUGUGUCAGUUCUCGCGUGAACAUGCAAGCACAUGCGUGAAUGAGUUUCUCAUGAUCAUACGAGUUUGAGAUGACAUCAGGAUUAGGAAAUUAGAUUUAUCAUUUUGGGGUGAACUAUCCCUUGAACAUGCAUUUGCACCUGCACAUGGUUGCACCUGCACCAUGCACAGGUUAACAUACAUUGGAUAUUAUGUGCAGAGAGAUCAUCUGACCUAAUGUCUCCCACAAAAUAGCUGCCCAUAUGUACGGUUUCUGAAUUGCCCUACCAUGAACUCUUUAACAUUAAAAACACAAUGCUGCGGUGAUUUGGGGGGGCAGUAUUUUUGUGAAAGUGUCCUUUAUACUUGUCAGUGAGCUUUGUUUUUGUUGCCGUAGUUUGUCAUAUGCUGUCAUUCUAGGAAUUAAAAACACACAGAUGAAUGUUAUAUUUUAUUACUCUUUAUUAAAAUACUGUUGUACACACAAAUAUUGCAAAAAAUGUGACUAUAAACACAAGGGCAUAAAAUGUACUGGGAUGGUGAAGGACUUAAUGUACGAGUGCAUUGUAUGCGUGUGUGUGUCUAUAACAGGAGUGCAUUCCAUAGGAAACUGGGUUCAUGAUAUGAGAUUUGCCAGUGCUGGCUUUGAAUGUAACUGAUGUGUAUUUAUGCGUGUCUGUGUUUGUAAUGUCACUUCAAGUGGAAUAAGGGCUUGGCACAAUGUUCACCAAGUUUCUUACUGACUGAUCUUUAUACUAAAAAGAAGAUACAAAAAAGGAGCAAUAGUACAUUAUUCAACUCGCAGCACCUCACUGCAGCUCUGCCUGCUGUAUCCUGUACCCUUCUCUGUCCGUUCCACCACAGCUUGACUCAAGGACUGGGCAAGUCACCAAUGACAGGUCAGACACAUUCAGUCAUUGGCUUUUUCCUUUCAGGGAUCAUCCUAAGCGAACCAGGUUCAGUUAAAGCACAUUUCCAUCACAUAAUUUGUGGGUCAAAUAAUUGUAAAAAAAAACAAAAAAAAAAAAAAACAAUGAAAAGAA